AAUUCUUUCCCUAGAGAAACAAUGGCAAGCUUGAGAGUUACAAUUGUGGUUGCAAUUAUGUGCAUGGUGGUGGCUAGUGCACCAAUAGCAGAGGCAGCCACAUGUGGUCAACUAAUUGAUAGCCUUAUUCCAUGCAUUACUUAUCUUCAAGGUGGUCCUGGUCCAUCUGCAGCAUGCUGUGGUGGAGUGAAGAAACUUAAUGCUGCCGCCAACACCGGCCCUGCCCGCAAGGCUGCUUGCAACUGCUUGAAAAGUGCUGCUGGUACCAUUGCUCGUUUGAAUAACAACCAAGCUGCUGCUCUUCCUGGCAAAUGUGGUGUUAAAAUUCCCUAUAAGUUUAGCACUUCUACCAACUGUAAUAGCAUCAGGUUCUAAAGAGUGUGAAUGAGUGAGA